AUGGGUAUUGUAAAAAUAAUAAAAUGGCCAUCACUACGCAGGGAUCAACUAGAGGAAGGAGAAUUACCGGAUUGCGUAUUAGUAAAAUUUGACGAAGAAAGCAUAGACAGCAGACUAAAAGAAAGCGAUGGCUGUGUCGCCAUACCUUCAGUGGUAGCAACUUUUCAAGGUACGAAGGGUAAUGGCGAUAUUGAGCGCAGGAUGUUGCCGAUAAUUUUAUGCUGGGCCGUCACGGUUCACAAAUUACAAGGUGCGACCCUUGAUAAAGCUGUAAUCGACCUCGGAAUGAAAGUGCCUGCCAAAGGACAGGCAUAUGUGGCACUGAAUAGAAAAACCCAUAGAGACACUAUGUACGUAAUAAGAUCUAAGAAUCAUAUACUUUAUACGCAAAAAAUAAAUAAGCUCAUUCUUAGUGGCAAUGAUGAUAAGCGACAAAUAUGUGAAGAUAUGUAUAAAACUUUGCCUUGGCGACAUUAUAGCAAUUUAUUUUAA